GAGUCCAUUCCACACUGUUCUCGGCACAAUGUCUUCCUCUCUAGAGCCUCCUCCCAAAAGACGUCUAGGUAUUCCUUCUUCCAAUGAUCAGAAAACCCAGCCGAAUCUCAUGGCCCCGCCAGCAACCUUCAUUAACCAUAUUUCCAUUAAUGCCGUUUAUCAAAAACAAGAAGAACAACACCAACCUUUCGGCGACUUCAAUGGGAGCUGGAGCCAGACCGAGCAUUUCCCGCCCGGGUACAGGUUCUGUCCCCUCGACGGCGAGCUCAUCGUCUACUACUUGCAGAAGAAGGUUGACAACGAGGCGUUGCCGCAUAAUGGAAUCAGGGACGUGAAUCUUUACCUUCACAAUCCGGCGCACCUCACGGCUCAGUACCCAGCAUUAGGGGAUAAGAAAUGGUACUUCUUCACGCCGAGGGAACGAAAAUAUCCGAAUGGAGACCGACCUAAACGAGGAACCAACGAUGGGUACUGGAAAGCCACCGGAGCAGAUAAGCCCGUGGAACAAAAAAAGCAGGUUGUUGGGCUUAAGAAGGCAUUAGUUUACUAUGAAGGAAAGCCAGGAAGUGGUGAAAAUAGUAGAAAGACCAAUUGGAUCAUGCAUGAGUUUCGAGUCAAGGGGCCUCCCAGAAUCAAAGAGAGCCAACAUGAUAUGAAGUUGGAUGAUUGGGUUUUAUGUAGAAUUUACAAGAAAGAAGUACCAGAAAAAGGGAACAAGGGUGAAGCGCAAGGCCAAGUACCAGAAAAAGGGGGGAAGGGUGGAGUUCAAGCCCAACACAAGCCAAUUCCCAGUCCGGCCGCGACUUUGUUAGAGGGAAGUGUUCCUUGUGUUAAUGACAAAUGUCUCGUGGGAGAAAGCUCGAAGUACGACGAAUACAUCCAAUCACCUCAACAUCUGAAAAUCGCGCAAUCCAUGGAUGAGUUCCUCCCGUAUUGCAACAUCUUUGCUGCUUCUGAUCCACAACCAAAUCUCGGCUACGUUGCUUGGCCACUUGCCUCUAGAGCUCCUCCUGUUCACCUCGAUAACAAGUAUUUUGAAGACAAUGAUUUCAAUGAUUUCGAUACCGACGAUUUGUUUGCUCAAAAUUUCAGUUCCGCACCGGGGCCAAAACUCUGA